AUGGCGGCGCACGCGGGGUCCCCACCCGGGCCGGGCAUGUCGCGACAGCGGCGACAAUCGUGGCCUCGCCUCGAUCCCGACACCGCCGAGUAUUUCCGGAGGGCCCUGGAGACGCUGGAGGAAGGGCUGAGCGAGGAGGAGCUCGGGUGGAUUUUUGGGAAUUUUUGGCAGUUUUUGGGAAUUUCUGCCUCAUCCCCUCCAGUCCCUCCCCCCAAGGGGGCGGAGCCAAAGACGAAGGGGGCGGAGCUAAAGGCCAAGGGGGCGUGGUCACUGCCGGAGGGGGCGGAGCUUCCGGCCUCCUUCCGCCUCCUGCUGGAGGAGCUGGCCCAGGGAUUGGAGCAGCAAAUUCCAGCACUUCUCCCGCCUCCUUUAUCCCUAUUGGCCGCUUCCCCCGACUCCUUUUUUCUGAUUGGCCGCCCUCUCUGUCUCCUCCUCUCCCAUUGGCCCAGCCCUCUGCUGACGUCACUGCAGGACCCCGCCCACUCCCGCCUCCUGGAGGCGGCCAUGACGGCCCUGGACCCCCCGGGGCUCCGGGAGCUCUUCCGGGGUCACCUGCGGGGUCACCUGAGGGGCGUGGCCUCCCACCCCGUGGCCAAUCACGGCCUGCAGCGCCUCCUGGACCACGCCCCCGAGGACGUGGUGGAGGAGGUGCUGUCGGAGCUGGGCCCCGCCCUGGAGGAGCCGCUGGCCCGGGGCCACCCCGGGGUGGUGCUGGCCCUGCUGGGGGCGGCCCUGAGGCACCCCCGGCUCCAGGGGGAGGUGCUGCGCUGGCUCUUCCAGGCCUUGCGCUGCUGGGCCCCGCCCCACCACCCCCAUUGCGUCGCCGCCCUGGCCAAGCUCCGCCCCCUGGAGGGCGGGGCCAGCACCGAGGGGGCGGAGCUUCAGUUGGAUUUUGUUCUGAAAGAAAUUGGGCUUUUUAGCCAAAAAAAAAAAUAUUAUAUUUUUUAG